AUGUUGGAGAAGGAAAAUGCCACCCUCAAAGGCGACGUGGUCGGAGGCCCUCCGCAGUCCGACACAACCAACGAGCCAGCCGAGUUUCGCGAGGAGAUCGAUUCGCUGGCCAAACAUAUCAAGUGGUUGGUGGUUGGAGUCUAUCAAAGGGCCAAGCUUCACGAGAACAAGCCCCUGGGGGCGAAGCUCAGCGUUCUGUCGAGGAGAGUGGAGCAGGCUCGUAAGCAAAAGGAGAAGCCCAUUGCAGAUCGCGCUGUGGCCCAAGCAGCUCUUGAUUCAGCACAGAAGGCACUGGCAGACGCUGAUGCCCUCAUCGCCGAGAAUAUACAGGCAUAUGAGAAGCUGGAGAUCGAGCUGUCAGGCCUCAUUCAGAGGGACACGGACACGGUCGAGAUGGUCGUCGAUGAGGUCAAGCUCGAGGACGUUCUCUCAAGUAUGGAAGGGCAGGAGGUGGAGUCGGGUUACUUGCUGAGCCAGCGAGAGUUCCACGGCGUGAACCAGGUGGCAGACCAAGGGGGCAAGAGAUUCAAGUCAAAGUACCGCAAGAAGUUCGUCAUCAAAUAUGGAGGGUUAGAUGUUCCUGAUUACUCGGAGCUCAGGCUUUCAGAGUUCAAAGGCGAAGACGACCCAAUCGACAAGUCAUGGGUAAACACUACGGUAGGCAGUUGUGGAGGCAAGUCGCACGGCGGCUUUGUGCAGCAGCUCAAGUGGGAUGCGGAUCAGCAUCCGUCAAGUUCCAUACCUGUACCUACCACACUGGCCUUGGUCACGUACAACAGCAAUGCCUGGAGUACGAUGCACGGUUUUUUGGAAUGGAUGGUGCUGGACAGAGCAGACCAGCCCGACUUCGUUUUUGGCCAGGAGCACAGGCUGCGCAGCG